GGCAGUGAUCAGAGCCCUUGAGAUGUGAGCUGCCGUAAAACAUGAAGAAGAAGAAAUCGUCAUUAUAAUAUUUGCAGGCGGGAAGCUGUGGCAAUACCACAACUACACAUCAGAGAGUAGUGUCCAGUGUCCAGUGUCCAGUGUCCAGUGCUCUGACAAUGUCCCGCGUUCUGAACGGUAUCGUGGCGGUGUGUCCCGACCUGGGUAUCGGGAUGAAUGGAAACCUGCCCUGGCACCCCGUUAGACUCGGUAACGAAUUCAAACACUUCCGAACGAUGACAGCGACUCCGUCUGUGUCAGGCAAGCAGAAUGUGGUGAUCAUGGGCAGGAAGACAUGGUUUUCCAUCCCAGAGAAGAACAGGCCUCUGAACAACAGGAUCAACAUCGUCCUCAGCAGGGAGUGCAAAGUGCCCCCUGCAGGAGCACACCACCUGGCAGCAGACUUCAACUCGGCACUGAGGCUGGUUGAGACGGAGCUGGCAGACCAGGCUGACCAGGUCUGGGUUAUAGGAGGCAGCUCUCUUUACAAGGAGUUGAUGGAGAGCCCGGGGACCAGGAGACUAUUCGUUACACGAAUCCUGAAGCAGUUUGAGUGCGACACGUUCCUCCCUGAAAUCUGUCCGGACAAAUAUCGCUUGCUGCCAGAGUUUCCAGGAGUGUCACAAGAGCUGCAGGAGGAGAAUGGUAUCCAAUACAGAUUUGAAGUCUAUGAGAGCACAGAGCAGUGAAGAGGAAUUCAAAAAGAAAAUUGUAAAUGUGCACCAGAACCAUGUAAAUGCUGGACUUAGUGAUUUUUUUAAAGUUAUUUGUACAGUUGAAUCAUUC